ACACGUGCCGUCGCUCUUUACCCCCAGAGAAAGCGAGUGCACGGAGCAAGGGCGCACAACCUGACUUGGCUUAGGAUGCGGUUAGAUGGGAUAGCAUGUAGUAAUAUGGAUGCAAAUAAUGCGAUGUGCUCUUCAUCUCCCAAAGCUUAAGCACAUUUUUGCACUACUGGCAGUCAGUCACUUUUUUUGUUCUUGGUGUAUUAUUGAUUGUGCAUAUUUCUUGGUGGAUAUACCUCAGUAUUUCCUGCUAUCAAGGGAUAUUCUGGGAGUUUGACUCUUUCAUCUCCCUCUGACAUCUACAGUGUGUAAGAGUGCUUAGAACCGCCUUGGUGGAUUUUAACUUGGAUCACACCAUAGAGUUUUUACUCUUACCCAUCGAGGUGAUACAGAGUAGAGUACUCCUUGCUAAACCUGACUUUCUUGACACCCCAAACUCCAAAUGAUUUUCAUGGCCAACUACAGAUGAACAUAAGUGACUAAUCUGAGAGAUUUUGAAGAAGGAUUCUGUGGGCUAAUUAUGAGGUGUUGUUUUGAAGCAUUUGUAAGCCAAGAAUACGUGAGGUAGUAUAGAGGCAGGCCAUUCUCAAUGACGGAGUACGCCAAUAUGGCCGACGAAACGGACGAUGCCGCCUUUGGCGUAACAGUGGAGGAGCUGCGACAGUUAAUGGAACUCAGGAAACAAGAUGCAAUCAACGAAAUCAACGCAAAGUACGGGGACACUUUAGGACUAUGCUCGAAAUUAAAAACAUCGCCCACACAUGGUAUCAACGGCCUUCAGUUUGAUAUCCAGAGGAGAACAGAAUUGUAUGGCAAGAAUCAAAUUCCCCCUAAACCCCCUAAAACAUUCCUGCAGCUUAUGUGGGAGGCUAUCCAAGAUGCUACACUAAUCAUGUUAAUGAUCGCUGCUGUCAUCUCACUUGGACUCUCAUUUUUACCAAAGUCUGAAUCUGAAGGAGGAGAAGCAACAGCCAGCUGGAUUGAAGGAGUAGCCAUUUUGAUUGCAGUACUGAUUGUUGUCUUGGUAACAGCAUUCAACGACUGGUCAAAGGAGCGCCAGUUCAGGGGCCUGCAGAACAAGCUGGAGUCAGAGCAUACAAUUGCUGUGAUUCGAGCAGGCGAUGUCGCACAAACAGUAGUCCAAGAUAUAGUUGUAGGGGAUGUAUGUCUAAUUAAAUAUGGUGACCUUUUACCUGCCGAUGGGGUCAUCAUCCAGAGUAAUGACCUCAAGUUGGAUGAGAGUUCACUCACCGGUGAAUCGGACGCUAUCAAGAAGGGCGUCGAACGGGAUCCUAUGCUCCUCUCUGGUAAGAUUGCUGUCUUUUAGAUAUUAAUUUCUGAGUGUGCGUAUAUAAAUUUGUAUGUUGGUGAAUAUUCACCUAUUCAUAUGUCUAUAUACACAGGAAGUCAUUUUA